CAGAACUACAGCUACCCUCACCCCACUACCCUAUCCCUUGGCUUUGGAGAAAUGACAAAUUCUAGAUAUGUCUACAGUAUUAUUGCCCUGUCGGUCUAUUUGAUGAUCGUUCUAUUUAACUGUUCCGUCAUCUUAAUCAUAGUGUUCCAUAAAAGUCUACACGAGCCAAUGUACAUCUUCAUAUCCAUACUGUGCGUCAAUGGGCUGUACGGCAGUAGCGCAUUUUUCCCCAGCCUAUUUGUGAACUUAUUCUUCAAGAUUAACUACAUCUCUUACAUUGGUUGUGUUACACAAGUGUUCUGUAUGCAUACCUACUCAGGGUGUGAGAUGACCAUCCUAACCGUCAUGGCUUAUGACCGCUAUGUGUGUAUCUGCAACCCUCUGAGAUACAACAAUAUAAUGUCACUAACCUCAGUUGCCAAACUUGUGGUCUUGGCUUGGAUGUACACCAUUCUCCUGGUUUCCAUACAUAUCGUAUUGACCAUUAGACUUCCAUUAUGUGACCGGGUCAUCCUGAAGAUCUACUGCGAUAAUUGGUCAAUCGUAAGACUCUCUUGUGUUGACACAACAGUCAACAAUGGAUAUGGUCUUUUCAUUGCCUCCACCUUUGUUUCAUUGAUGCCAAUUCUGAUCAUUUGCUCUUAUAUACAGAUUCUCAGGGCUUGUAUAAGGUCCUCAAAAGACUUUCGAGCAAAGGCCCUGCAAACAUGCACCCCUCACCUCAUCACCAUCACCAAUUAUACCUCUAAUUUACUCUUUGAACUGUUCAUGUACAGGUUUAUACCCACUGAAUUCCCUUUUGAACUGAGGAUGGUCAUGUCUGUCCAGCUCAUUGUUGGGCCGCCAAUCAUAAACCCUUUAAUUUAUGGACUGAAGAUGAGAGAAAUUCGGAUAAGGAUUGUCCAGCUCUAUCAUUUACAGAGCAGAAAAGUCAACAACACUUAG